CAUUCCAUCCAAGAUGGUGGCCCACACUGUGCGUAAAAUGAUUGUAAAGGAAACCAAAACAAGGACGUUUGCUUUGCUUAUCGUCAUGCUUUUGCUGUGUUUUACUUGCUCUGAAGCAACCACACACUGGCUGGUUACAGAACAAGGCAUGAUAACGCAACAGCUAAACUCAGAUUUCAAUAUGAGGGAGCCUUACAACUUGAUUGCAUUUCUGAAGCAAGGGCGACGCAGCAAUCACAUCCGAGAGCUUGAAGUGGAGCUUGAGCAUCAAAAGAGAGAGAUCGAAGCCAAUGAGGACAAAGAUCUUGACUUGGAGCAAAGGUUUCUUAGCACUGACGCAGACUGCAUCUCAGCACAAGAGCCCCUGGCUCAGCAUAAUCUUUACCCUACGAUGACCAUCCCCUUUAGUCUCAAGAAUAUCAAGGUAUCAGAUUAUGUGGAUUUGUCCGCAACUUCAGAAAGUAAGAAAACUAUUGAGCCAAACUGCACCAAAGUCUUGCCAUUGCCCUUUAGCAUGCAUGCAUAUGAUCAUCUACAGGGCAUACAAGGAAAAAACAACCUCACAGAUUUUGCCGAGUCAAUUAUUGGUGAGGAGGUCAAAGGGACGUGUGUUUUUGAAGGGAGUGGGCCAGGAAUCUACAAUGCCCUUGAAGAGAAUAAAACGUCCUGGCAACUCUACACAAUAGCUACUUUCUACUGGCGAUCAGUCGGCAACUCAGAGCAAGUGAUAGAAUGUGGAAGACGAGCUCUUCAUUUCGCUCCUCGCAAAGACAAGAACAUAGUUUUGGUGAACAUGGCUAGUGUACUCCAUCGUAGCCAUUAUUCAACAUCGGCGGCCAUCUUGGCUGAAGCGGCCCUGGAGUCUGGAGAAGAGUUGGCUAAACUGCAUCUACUACUUGGCAGUAUAUAUGCGACGAUUGGAGAGUAUGAUCGAUCUGUCUCCCACUUUGAACAAUCGAUAAAUCUUGGUAUAACUGAUUCGUGUUGGGCACAACGCCGUAUUCAUGCUGUGCGAUGUCAUCAGAAGCUUGAACAAGCCUUGGAGGCACAACAUUUGUCUUUGAAGCGGACUCUGUCCGAGCUUCAAGACUUUAAGAUAAAACAAGAUGAGUUUGAAAAAGUUCAGAAGAAAAUGAAGGUUGCUCAAUGUAGAGUGGAGGAUCAAUUUGAAUCUAAUCUAAGUUACCAUCGACAUCGACUCAACAGAGGACUGGCCGAUAAUCCUCAUUGUCAAAUGAAAGAUAUGGGAGACGGAUCUCAAUCAGUGGUGUGCACCCGGGGUACUCAACCCGAUCUAAGCAUCUUUGGAAUCCCUCUUCAAGAUGAUCAGGAUGUUGAGAUGGUUGACACAGCAUCUAUAAGAAAUAACUGUCUACAACUUCCGAAUGGGGAGGAGAGUUGCUUCAAUUUGAGUGCCGGUCUUCGUCGGAGCUACACGGCUUAUUUCAACCCUGGUAAUAUCCCACCUCCCCCCUGGAACAGAAUAGACUGGCCCAGCGAGAAUGAUUGCCGGAAUGUCCCGCAUGAGCUCCCUGAGUGGAGUAAAUAUGCACCAACGUACUUGCCCCCGGAAAGUAAAGGUUUGAGAGUCAAGCAUCUCGUCAACGAGAACCUGAACCUGUUUGAGAAUGAUGUCCAUCCGUUGCCAUGGUUCCCACCUGUCUGCGUUACCGUGGAAACACUAACAGAUGGCAACACAGCGAUGGACUUUGUAGAGAGUAUUACACAGAGAGCGUCUUUGCCACUUACUGAUACGAUCAAGAGUCUCAGCCCACAACUACUAGCUCUUGUCAACAGUAACCAGGCUAGUGAAGAGGAGCUAUCCCAACGUAUUCUUACAGCGUUUGAAGAACCCAAGAAUGCAGAUGAGAAAUGGCUUCUAUAUAACUUAGGUGGCUUCUACUGGCUUAUGAUUGGCAAUAACUUCCACGGUGUGGAGUGUUUACGUCGAGCCCUCGUUCACGCUCCGGUUGAGUAUGCGGAUGUGCCGCUUGUUAAUGCCGCCAGUGUGCUACUGCAUGCUGGGAAGGCUGAAGAUGCUGUACAAUUGCUACGCAUGGCUCUUGUCGUCAACAAAACAGAGCCAAUCACGCACUUCGUCCUGGCCAAUGCAAUGGCUGCCAGCGGAAACCUGGAUUCUGCUGCCAAUGAGUUCAUAGUCGCUUUGAACUCUGACCCAAAGGACCAAUAUCUCAACUCACUCAAGCAACUCAAGUGCUUCUUGAAAUGGGAGGAUUUUACGAGGCAUCAAAACGAGGACGAAGUCAAAGGUCAGAGGUUACACCAACGUGAGAGUCGUACGGUUUGCUCGCACAACAGCAACGGGGAAGAGCGUUGCCAGACGGAGACGCGUACCAGAGAGUUUGUACCUAGAGACACGGAGACGUGUUCCAAGGAUGACCCCUCGUGCAACGAACGAGGUGAAACGGACUGCUGGACGUCCAAUGGUGAGGCGGGACGUAACCAUGAAGCGCCCUCUAGUGUUGACCACCUUCCUAAAGUGGAUAAGUCUCACGUUGUUAAUAUACGAAGACCUGCGCAAAAUGGUGAACCGGUGAGAGUAAGUUUAAACAGAGAGAGUGAAACGGUUCCUCCACCAGCCUCUGGUCCAAACAUUCCUGCCAUCAAACCAUCGCCUAAUGUCGAUUCUAGUGAUUUUGAUAAUUUGACGAGGUUGCCAUGGCCGACGCUAGAUGAUUGUAAACAGUAUAAGAAGGUGAACCUCAAGAUGUUAUAUACAACGUGGGUCUCUGUCACGGCCAAGAGUAUCAGAAUCGAGGACCACAUAGACUUGCAGUCUCCGCUACUAACCAGUCACUUGGAACCGGUUUGCAAUGCCGAGGUGGGUACCAGUAUGCAUACGUUGGAUCACCUUCAGGGAAUGGCGCACCGGGCCAACAUGGAAUACAUGGCUGAGCUAGGGUUAGAUGAAGCCCUGGAGUCUCUACAGUGGAACGAGUCGUCUAUGACGGUGGAAUCGGCUGGGACUAGGAUUGCUCUAGCAUUGCAAAAAAAUACUACAUCUUGGGUUCUUACAAACAUGGCUGCUGUUUACUGGCGUCGCUCUGGAAACGCUGUCAACGCCUUGAACUGUCUCCGAGUUGCUCUCCAUUAUUCGGAUCACAUGGUCAAGGACCUCGCGUUAAUCAGCAUAGCCAAUAUUUUCCAUCGGACGGGUUUUAUCGAUGACGGGAUAGUAGUCGCCCAGAUGGCCUGGGAGAUCUCUAGUGAGCUGGUACUCUGUCAAUUCACUCUUGCCAACCUUUACGCAGCUAAGGGCCAGUUUGAUAAAGCCAUUCAACUGUAUGAAACCAUGGUCAUAGCUCAUACCUCAUUCAGCCCAGCCAUUGAACGACUCAAGACCAUCAAAUGCGCCGUUCUCCAGAAGACGAACGGCAACCCCGCCUCCAUGUUUGGCAAAUUAACAUAAUAGGGUCAUAGGUCAACUCCACCUCAAUGUUUGGUAAAUUAACAUAAUAGGGUCAUAGGUUAACUCCACCUCAAUGUUUGGUAAAUUAACAUAAUAGGGUCAUAGGUCAACUCCACCUCAAUGUUUGGUAAUCUAACAUAAUAGGUAAACCCUCAAUGGUUGGCAGGUUAACAUCAUAGGGUCAUAGGUCCACCCUGUCCUUAUUUUGGCCAAAUUAACAUAACAGGGUCAUAGGUCAUGGCUAGUACUUUGUAACCAAAAGCCAUUUAUAUUAACUGUUGUGUGCAUUGGUUUCCACCCAGAGCCUUUUAACCUUUUUUUUUUUUUUUUUUUUUUUUUUUUUUUUGGGGGGGGGGGGAGAUUUUGAAGACCACAGUCUUCAAAGUGAAUGAAAAUGUUCAAGCCAUUUGAAUAAGGAGGACCUGGAUUGAAAUGAUCCGCCCAUUCUUUAAGCAGUACUACAUAUUAGUUGGCAGUAUAUCACUUUUCAAAUGUGACGCCCUUGCCAAAAUCAUGAUUAUGAUAGCUUGAUUGCUACUCAGAUGAACUGCUUCAAUUUAGAACUGUUUUUUAAUUAACAGGUUUAUUGUAACCAGGUUUAUGUAAGGUACUGGUAACUACCAGUUAAUCCUGUUGUUGUAUCUUAUUACUGGAUUGUCAGUUUGGUUAUUUCAUAACUAGUUUUUGAUAACUGGGUUUUGAUUAUCAUAACUAGUUAUCAUAACCAGGUUAUGUUAAACUUGACUGUUUUAUUAUAACUAGAUGAUGAUAACCAAUCAUCUAUGUGUAAUUUUCCUUGUUCAAAGUUUACAGUAACAAAUGUGUGAUUUUACAAACAAUGAUAUUUCUAUGAAAAACUAAAAGAUUUUAGGGCACUGUUCUUCACAGUGAUUCAGUCUAUUUUCUCCUUUAAAACCAGCACAAUUAUUGUAAUAAAUCAUCACUAUUUUCUGACACUUUAUUCUAAUACAAAUAUGAAAUGGAUAAUCAUAUAGAUUUAUUAACAAAUAAAUACUUUUUUUCUAUCAAAGUAAGAAAAUUGGUUUUGAAAAAAAAAUAUGCCCUUAUUUUUGAAGGAAAAAAAAUCAGACCUGUAUUUUUGUCAGAUCUUGAUUAAACAUCACAAGUUGGUGGUCUCAAUGUCAUGAACCACUAUUGUCUUAAGAUGAGUUAUCAAUUGUGUUGUCACACUUUGCUUAGCAAUUAAGAUUGACAAACAUCUUAAAAUCAAUCUUAGUUCUUUGUGAAAUUGUGCUGUGGUCACCAAUUUUUGUUAUCUAGUAAUGUUUUUUUAAUGUUAGCUUGAAGCACUUGUUUAUUUGAUUUUACCCAUACACUGAUGUAUGCACUGUAUACUCGGUACUUUCCUGAGUCCAGUGUGGAUCGAAAAGAAAAAAUCCAUUCAGCGCCUUGAGUACCUUGUUUGGUAGAUAGGUUUGCUAUAAUUAUAAGACUUUGAUAUUGUUAGUAUUCUAUUACUCGGGUUGGAUUCAAACCCACGAUCUUUGCCAUUCUAAAACAGAUGUCAAGGGUUCUAAUCCUACUUGGGGUAAUGUAUAAAUAUUUUGUCCACAGGACUUGGGAAAGUUUAGAGCUUAACACACAUCGUGUAUGGGUAAAACGCAGUAAUAUUCUUGAUUCCUGAGUCAAAUUUAUUCGUCAUGAAACACAUCGUUGUACUUAUUAUUACAGUCAAAACUUUUGUUCGAUUGCUAAUCAUGUAUUUAGCUUAUUAUUUUCUUUUUGUACAACUUUAUAAGAAAGUAUGGGAAGAGAACAUGCCAUUAAUGCUCACAA